AAGAUGCCCCCAACAAGUCGUCCAGUUCCUCCACCUCCCAAAAGAAGAAUCAGCGAGUCAUCCUCGUCAUCAGAUGAUGAACUUACUGGCAAUAAUUCCUUUCGUGAAAAUCAACAAAGACGAUUUCGAGAAAAUAACGAGGUGGGAAACAUAAGCGAUAGCGAUAAUGACGAAGUGUUCUCUCAUCAAGAAUCUCAGUCGGUUGGAUUUAUUGAAACAGAUGAAGAACGGCAGCGUGAAGAACACGCACAAAAUUCAAAUUUGCGAAAUCGAAGAGUUUCGUAUGGUAAGAUUCCGGUGCCUCCAAUGUCAAUGACAGUUGAAGACAUUCAGGAAGCUGCAAAACAUAGCAGGGAAGAUCCAAGUGGUGAAACAGUAGAAGUGAGGAGACCUAACGAUCCUAGGAGAUCAUCAGUCAGCCUCGACGUGUUCAAAAGUUUUCGUGAUCCUCACGACAAAAGAAAUAUGCCGGCAAAGGAUAAAACCAUUUACGUUGAAGGCCCAAAUGGAAAGUUUCGAGAAAUGAAAAAAGGAAAAUUUUGGAACAGAGAUAAAUUUGACUCUCCAAAAAAAGACGCAGAAAAAAAACAGGAUGAAGAUUCAGUUAUACCGUUUUUAUUGAAAGCACCUGGUCAAGCGUAUAGAACGCAAAGAGUAUAUAAUCAGAUCGCAAACAUUAUACAAGGGUUUCUUGCUGGAAUUUCCGUUAUGCUGGCUAUUUUCUCAUUUAAUUUGGAACCAGAGGUUUUACUAACUGGGUAUCGUUACAUGAGCCUUCCAAUCCAUGCUGGUUUCAUGGUGGCUUUCACUGUUGGUUUGGUAUCUGCAAUAGACAGAACUGGAAUUUACGAAGUGGAACAUUUCACUUCCAGAACACGUCUCACCGCAACAGUUUACAAUAAUGGACUUAUCACAUUCAUUGUAUGGUUUGUUGGAUUGGUUUCAACACUUUUGUGCAUCCAAUUGGAAAGUCAACUCGCAUUUGCGCCAACAAGAAUCCCUUCCGAAGACCUAGUUCACCACUGGAGAGUUUUCAACGUGUUGAGGGCUCUCACAUCAGGUCUUGGGUUUUUGUUGCUGGCAUUCAAACCUGAUUCUGAUACAAUGGCAAAGGAAUUGAGAGAAGCAAUUUACGAACAAUUGGAACUUGUGACUUCGGAUCCAGAAAGAAGGAGAGUCAUUAUUACAGCAAUGAAAAUUUAAAAAAAAAGAAAGAUAAAGUUAAAAUAAAAUAUCUGAUAAACGUGUUUAUCUUAUUUUGUGUUUGUUUAUUUUAAGAUUUAUAUUUUAUUUAAAUGCAACAUCAAUAAAGUCGUCAGAUUUUU